AUGAUCAAGAAACUUGCGGUCACCGCAAUCAUGUCUAAAGCUCAGGCAGCUGCGAAACUUCUUCCGAAGGGACAGAAGACGUUGGAGAGGUUUUUCGGAACAGGAACGGCUCCCGGUUCUGGCAAGAAACUCCCAGCGGAGGGGAAAUCGGAUUCAGUCAAGAGGAAACGGUCGCCUAGUUCGAAAAAAACUGUCACGCUCACCGAAGACGCGAUGAAGCACUCGAUCGUUGUGAUCGAGGACAGUCCCCCUGCCAAGAAGCUACAGACGGCGAUAUCAGCACGGAGGUCGAAGACAGAGGUUUCCGACUUGCAGCGAAAGACCGAGGGGCUCGCUGGAAAGCAGAAAUCACCAUCUCGUAAGCGGAAAGAGCAGAGCGGAGCAGCUAUCACAGAAUCCGAUGCGAAAGGGGAAUGUGCUUUGCGGAGGAGUCCGAGAAAGAAAAACGAAAACAAAACGCUGGCCAUGAAAGAGUCGAAACUCUCCUCCAAUGGAAAAGUCUCAACCGAGGCACCGUCGAAGGAAGCCAAGCUCCCGCUUGCCGAGAAGAUUGCCAAUGGGAUGCCCGAAUCCACUAAGCGCGACGAGGAGCCGGCGGGUAGUCGAACCCCUGAAAGACUGAUCUCCGAUGACGAAGACGAUCUCUUCGAUAUAGCAACACCCGAAAAGAAAACCAGAAUAAGGUUACCCGACGUUUCUGCGAGGCCAGCUGCGUUCAAAGUAGUCCGUUUGAAAGUGAAGGAUUUCGAGCGCUCCUACUCUGAAGGAGUGAAUCUUGUAGUUGGUGAUGAUGUUGAGAGCGAUUCCAGCCGAAUAUUCGUUCUUCUCUCUGGAAGUUGGCUAAUGACAAAUCCCGCUCUCGACACCGAGAUCUUCGUGUUCGGAAUGUUUCAAGAGAAUCUCGGCAAAGUAGAUUCACAAUGUGGCUUUGUGGUUCUCUACCCGCAGCACCUGCUGUCUAUAACGACGAUCACAGCCGGACUCUAUUGUAAGCGCAAGUCUCUCCUAAAUCAGAAAUUUAAGCGCAUCGAGCCUUCGAAUUCGCACCUGAUCGUCGGGACCGUAGCUCACGAGGUUUUCCAAAGGGCGGUCUCAGAGAAACUGCAGAGGGCCGAGAUCGUAGCCGUGCUGGACGAAAUUCUGGCCCGGUCCGAAAUCGUUCACGACCUAUACUUGCUGAACUCGGGUCACUACGAGAUCAAGGCUGCCGUUUUGCAAAUGAUCCCCCACAUCCUCAGCUUCAUGCGAGAUCAUCUCUCACCGAGUCGGGCAGCCUUCCAAAUCGACGAAAUUAUCGAUAUCGAAGAUAAUCUGCUGUGUCCGCGAUUGGGCGUGCGAGGAAAAGUCGAUCUGACCGUGAGGCUGAAGACUCCAGACGGUCGCGUCAUGCCUCAGGUACCAUUGGAGCUUAAAACCGGCAAACCAACUUUCGGGAACGAUCACAUGGCUCAAGUGUUCUUCUACACAGCGAUGUUGAAUGAGAAGAGCGGCAAGGCGCUCUCCGAUCCUGAUUCAUGCGAUACCGGGAUUCUGACUUACAUCUCGCGCAGUAACGACUCACGCCUCGUCAAACCCAACAGAUUCGCUCUGCAAUCUCUCAUGCAGCAGAGGAAUGAGCUAGCGACAUCGUGGGAAAAAAUUCAAACACCGCGGAAAGGACCGGAGGGAAUCGAGAUCGACGCUGGCUCUCUCGGGGAAUUCAAGGAAGAUGAGAGAGGAUGCUCUCAAUGCUCCUGUAGAGCAGUGUGCUCCCUUUACGCCAAGAUGACGAAUGACCUCCCGGCCGGGACCGUGCGAGCGAAAGUCGCGGAGGAGUCUCUAGGAGAUCUGAGCAAAGAACAAAUCGAUUACGUGUGGCAUUGGCUCCGCCUACUGGAUAAAGAGUGCUCAAAGGCUUCGAAAAAAACUCCGAGUGCUUUUUGGAUGAUACCGCUCGAUGAACGAGUCGCGUCGGGCAACUGCAUCAAGGAUCUCCAGAUCGAUCUGAAACCUAAAAACGGGACAACCUCCUCGAUGGGUGGAUCGUAUCUGCGAUUGAGGGGUCCCAUCGACCUCGAGUCGACCUCUUUGGCCCCGAAUUCUUACAUAGCCGUCAGCGAGCAGGGAAACAAAACGAGGGUUGCAAACCGCACGGGUUUCGUGCAUGAGAUAGGCCAGGACUUCAUCACCCUGAGCCUAAUCAACGACGUCGGGGCCGGCACGCCGCUGAAUCCCAAUAAGGUUUAUUGCGUGGACAAGAUGAACAGCUCAUCAUCCUCCAACACCACGUACACCAAUUUGGUUCGGAUUCUCCAGCCCCAAUAUGUUCAUUUGCGCGAGCUAGUGAUCGACCGCCGUGCUCCGACAUACGAGCGCGAUUAUCCACGAAAGAACGUCGAGCUCUGCCAAGAAAUCUUCAAUGAUCUCAACGAUACACAAGUACGAGCAAUCAUCAAAACCCUCAUGAGCAACGACUACCUCCUCUUGAAAGGUAUGCCUGGUACGGGGAAGACUUCGGUAAUAGUCGCCACCGUUCGCGCGCUCGUGAAACUGAAUCAGAGGGUUUUGGUGACGAGUUAUACCCACAAUGCUUUGGACAACAUUCUGGAACGCUUGGAUAAGUUUGGCGUGGAUUUCGUUCGUAUCGGUAAUACUUCGAAUAAGGUUAUUCGAGCGAAGUCCACCGCUGUCGAGUUGGCCGGCGUGAACAACGUCAACCAAGUCAAGAAAUUCUACUCCGAGAAAAUGGUGUUCGGAGCGACCUGUUUGGGGACGAACAAUGUGGUAUUCGAGAAGGAGAAAUUCGACUACUGCAUCGUGGACGAAGCAUCUCAGGUCCUUCAACCUACAUGUCUAGGUCCCAUAAUGUGCGCGAAAAAAUUCCUCCUGGUCGGGGACCCAGAUCAGCUGUCGCCGGUUAUACUUUCGAGGAGCGCUAAACGAUUCGGCAUGGACGAAUGUUUGUUCAAGCGUCUGCAAGCUGCAGACUCGUCGAAUCUGAUCGCGUUGAACUAUCAAUAUCGAAUGAACAGUGAGAUCAUGGCGCUAUCAAACGGCCUAGUCUAUGAGAACAAACUUGUUUGCGGCAAUGACCAGGUCGCCAAUCGGACAUUGAAAUUGGACGCGACCAAGGACUCCAAGUUAGAAGAUUGGCAGAGGAAAUGUGUGUCGGGCAAUCUCCGCGACGCUGUCGUCUUUUUGGACUUGAAGAAAAACAGCGAGAGCACGAAUGGUCGGGACAACCUCGAAGAAGCCAAUCUUAUCCGAAACAUCAUAAAUCUACUAAUAGAGCGUGGCCUCUCAAAAGCGGACAUCGGCGUGAUCAGUUCAUAUACGGAUCAGGUCACUUGCCUCAAAGGCAUUUUACCAGAGGGCGUCGAGUCCAGUACUAUCGACCGGUAUCAAGGCAAGGAAAAGGAAGUCAUGAUCAUGUCAUGCGUUCGGACCGGAACGGACGCAACCUUCGAGAACGAAAUCAUGAAUGACUUGAAGCGAAUCAAUGUUGCAAUCAGCCGGGCGAGAUCCAAACUCAUCCUGGUCGGCUGCAAGCGUUCCAUCGGCGAAUUUUCGUCCUGGGAGAAGUUGUUCGCGAUAAUGAGAGACGAUCAGUUCGUAGAAGUCGAAACGCUUCUAUAA